GAAAAAAAUUCGAUAUCGCCAAAGUUCCCCCGACUCUCCUCUCAGCAAAUCUUUGUAAUUAAAACAAACAAAAAAAAAGAAAAGGAAAUGCAACCGAGGACGUUCGGAGUUGUCAUCUAUCAUUGUUUAAUACUCUAUUAUUCGUUUUUAUACGUGCACACCCGCACACGCACACACAUACACACACACCCACAUACACACACCUACACCAUAUGGUCAUUCAGUUCUACAUGUUCAUAUAUGCAGUUUUGAUUUGUCAAUAUCCUUCAUGCGAUUUCAUCCGCUUUCUCUACCUGCCUAUAACGUGUAAGCGAUAUGUUACAUCUAUGGUACGUGUCUGUUAUCUGGAAAUUAAAUAUAUCCUCGUCGUGUAUGCUCUAAAUAUACUAAAAACGUUACACCUGUAUAUUCUUUAUUCUCUCUCUCUCUCUCUCUCUCUCUCUCUCUCUCUCUCUCUCUCUCUCUCCCCCCCUCUCUGUCUCUCUCUCCUCUCUUCUCUUUUCUUUCUCUCUUCUUUCUCUCUUCUCUCUAUUCUUCUUUUGAUGUGUUUUUGUACGUACAGCCGCGAGCAGCAAACUGUGUCGCUUUUAUUUUACGUUACACAGUCUGCCAGUUUUAAGUUCGUCCUUCGUUCAAGUCUGUUUCGUCACACUUUUUGUUGAUUUAUUAGUCUCACGCAGUGUACUGGACUGACGGAGCUGCCGUUGAUAGCCCAUCUGUAAUAGACAGUAUUGCUUGUUUAAUCGAGAGGAAUUAGUCAAUUGGACAGUUUCAUUUUAUCAUCUCCCGUUCGGGCGCGAAAGCUCAAAAGUUCUACUGACCGCAGAGGAAGAGCUUACCCGCGAGAUAACGUCUUUUCUUUCCGGGCGCAACGGACGCAACCGGAAGAGUUUUAGUAGUCGGUCUCAGUUUCUCCUCACUUGCCCCUUUCUCGAUCAGGUAGAUUCUCCUAGUUUACUCUUGGAUCUUUUUACGUAUUUAACCCUGCCCAAGAUUGAUUAAUGUACAGAAUACGUUCACUCGUCAUUGUUACGUCUCCCCCCUCCCCCUCAUAGUCACGGAUUCUUACGUAAAUUCGACGUCCAUUUAUCACUGAUAAGAGUCCAAUCGAGUGGAAAGUUUUUCGAAAUGCGAGGAAAAGUCGACUGCACUCGACUCACGAAAAAAGAAUCUGUGACUCGGGGACGAGCAGCACCCAGUGUAAAUAAUGAGUUUUAUAACGAGCUGAGACGAUCCAUAUUAACACCGUGUGUAUCGCCACCUUGGAAAGGAAAUAUAAUUUCGAUACGUUUUUCUUGUUGAUAACAUGACACGGUAUAUAGAUAAUUCAUCAAAUUUUGGUAGUUUGCCUUCUGCUCACCCUGAGGAUGACGACAAAUCGAGAAAGCGAUUACAGCCUGUUUGAUCAAACUCGAAUAAUAAGAACAACAAGAGAGCAAUUGUAGAUGUCUAGGUAUCUAUAUAUCUAAAUUUCUAUGCACAAUUAAUGCAGAUGCAAUUAAUAAUGAUAAUAGUGACACGUUUGCACUCGGAACUUUGAAUCCAGUUUUGAUCCGAGUUUAUAUCUCGAUGGGACUUCCUGUUAUUUAUUAGUUGUGUAUAUGAAAAUGUAAAUAUAUGAACCUAAUAUCAGCAACACCACGGAAUACUGACAGGAGGAAACUUUGUUCCCCACACUAUUUCGAAAUCAGCUUAAUAUGCUAAUUAUAUUACAUUUAUUAUUCGAUAUUCGCGCGAAAAAAGCCGAAGAACGAGUUAACUCGUAGUUGGCUUGUGGAGCAGAGAAUUCUUUCCGCAUGCUGGCUACGAGGCAACUCAUAUUUAGCAGUCGAUAUGUCAGGGUCAUAUGUUAUAGAGACUUUCUCGGAGCGUUUUACAAACCUUCUUGCGCGGAAGACGAACGCUUCUCUCCCUUUAUUAGGUUGGUGCAAAAGAUUUGUCAUUCUUUUAUCAAGUUCUCGUAGGAUGUAUUAAAGAGUUUAGGCUGUAAAGCAAAAUGAGUUUGUUAAGAAUUCGAACUUGCUACAUACAAAUCAGUGCAAAGAAAAACAUGGAUCAUUCUGAGAUAUUUGAAACUGAAAUGGACACUUUUUGUUUGAUAUGUUCCUUGGAGUUGGCGUAAUUAUUGGCGUAGUUAUUUUUAAUUUUUGUGUUUGAUUCCUUGUAAAUAGUAAAAUUGGAGUUUCAAUGAAAAAUUGACAUGAUAUUAAAAACUAAUAUAAAGACAUCAUAUACACAACCUCUUUAAAAAGAAGAAAAAAAUGAGAAGCUCUCAUUAUUAGAUGUCCAAAAUGAUACUUAGUCGACCUUAGUCCUGAAACUUGAUUCGUGAAAAUGAUAGUCGACAUUGGAUCAUUUCGUUUUCUAUUUUAUUGGACAAACACGACAAGCCUCGCGCACCAACCUAAUACACUCACGAUUGCUCUUCAUCCUUGAGGCGAAUGGAAUGCGCUGUCAAGGUUUGGCGACCUGUGUUUCAAGAGCACUCGGUAUAUAAUUACGAGCCAGCAUGAGUUCUUCCUUUUCCACGUGGAAACGUGCGAUUGUUGUUCGAUUAACCCGAGCGACCUCACGUGCAUGAUCCGAUUGAGAGAGCUCUGCCUCCGUCCUUUGGAGUUAUUGUUUCAUGCGGCGGAAUAACUCCCACACGAUCACACGACGGAGAUCGCUCUCUUGACACGGACGACAGUGCCGCGAGAUGUGCUCGUAUGGACGUGGUGCAGGAGCGGGAUCCCAUGGCGGGAUGGUAACGGGAUCGCUUCCAGCCGGGGGGGAAGCGCAUAUCUCCCUGGAUUAUAUAUUACACUAACACACUCUCAUACUUUUUAAUUCGCGCCCGAUCACCCUCCCUCCCACCCCACCUGGCCCUGGCGAGGUCACUCACAUGUGUACGGUGUCACAGAUUAACGCAGACAAUCGUCGUUUUGAUUAUGUUACAUUGGUGUGUCAGUUUGGGAAACAAGCUUGGACAAAAAAAAGCCCUCUGUCUCACAAGUCGUACCAGUCAAAGACACUCGGAACUCCCGAUUGCAAACUCACGUCUGUCUUUCUCUGUGUCAUUCGGUAUUUUCCGGCGAUCCGGCGAUCGAGGAAUAUGUUUUUCCUGGGAUUGUCGCGUCUCCGUUCCUCUGUUCGCAGAAACCCCGCGGAGAUGUCCCACACCUGCCGCGGCACGAUUUCCUUACACGGGGCCUUAAUACACACGGUGGACGCCUGCACCUUCGUCGUUAGCAACGGCGGCACCCAAACCUUCCACAUCAAAGCGGCGACCGAGGUGGAGCGACAGCAGUGGGUCACAGCCCUCGAGCUGGCCAAAGCCAAGGCCAUCAAAGCGAUGGAAUCUGAAGAAGAGGAAGAGGAGUACCAGGAUAACGACAAUCAAAAAGUGGAAACCGCGUCUGUGAUUAAGGAUCUAACACGACGGCUGGAUGAUUUGCAAGCGUGCAAUGACUUGAUAUUCAAGCAAGGAACUAUGCUGCAACGAGCCUUAAACGACUUGGAAACACUUGAGCCUCCGUCCCUUGAAUUAGCGGCAAAAAUCAAGACCGUCAGUGAACGAGCCACGCUCUUCCGGAUCGCGGCGAACGCUAUGAUUAGUACCAGCAGCGAUUACCUACAAUUAGCCCAGCAACAGGAGCCUAAGUGGAAGAAGAUGCUGCAGCACGAGCGCGACCAGAAGGAGCGGAUAGAGAAGAUGGUCGAGCAGCUAGCCAGGCAGCAUUCGCACCUCGAGGAAGCGGCGCAACACGCGAUUCCUUCGGCGACGCCCGCGGGAGGACACAGACCUUCACAUCCCGCAGUGACCACGUCGCCGUCCGAGGACGAGGAGGAUAAUGCGGAAUUUUAUGACGCGCAAGAAUCGGACACCUUCACUCUAACCAUAUCCGGGGUAGCCACGAGCAAUUCGAUUUCUCACACGAGAGAUCGUACUGAUUCGCAAGGUAGCGACGAUGGUUCCAGUUCGGAGGGAGAUCCCACACCCUUGCCUGUCUCUGAUUCCACCGGUGCCGACUCGUUUCUCAUUGUGACCGACUCUACGGCAGCGCAGACUCCCCUAUCUGUCACGAACACAGACGACCUGGAUAACAGCGCUUGGCAGACAAACAAUGGCAGUGGCGGCACCGGGGUGACCACUGUUUCCAAGAGGAAGCGAAGGAUUAGGGUACCUGAUAAACCAAAUUAUCCCUUAAAUUUAUGGAGUAUCAUGAAGAACUGUAUUGGCAAGGAUUUGUCGAAAAUCCCUAUGCCAGUUAAUUUUUCCGAACCACUUAGUAUGCUUCAACGACUGACGGAAGACUACGAAUAUGCGGACAUUUUGGACAGAGCUGCGGAGUGUGCAGACAGCUAUGAGCAGAUGGCUUACGUGGCUGCAUUCACUAUAUCUAGUUAUUCUACAACUGCUGCUAGAACGGGAAAACCUUUCAAUCCUUUAUUGGGCGAGACAUACGAAUGCGAUCGUACAGACGAUCUCGGAUGGCGCGCCAUUUCGGAACAGGUGUCGCAUCACCCACCUAUGCUGGCUCAACAUUGCGAGGGGCAGAAGUGGCGGUGUUGGCAGGAGUUCACGAUGGCUUCGAAAUUCCGCGGGAAAUAUUUGCAGGUAAUUCCUCUGGGUACCGCUCAUUUAGAAUUCGACAGCGGCCUGCAACACUACACAUGGCGUAAAGUCACUACUACAGUACAUAAUAUUAUAGUCGGAAAAUUGUGGGUCGAUCAGAGCGGCGAUAUGGAUAUCGUGAAUCAUAAGGAAGGUAUCAAGUGCCAUUUGAAGUACAUACCGUACUCGUACUUCUCACGUGAUAGUCAACGCAAGGUGAAGGGAGUGGUCAUGAAUUCUAACAAGGAAGUCAAAUGGGUAGUACAGGGUACUUGGGACGCGAAGAUAGAAAUUGCUCCAGUAAUCAGCACGUCUGGUACGCCCGAUAACCCAGUUUAUAAAACGGGUCCAUACAUAUUGGCUUGGAAACGGCGUAUGCCUCUCGAAGACUGCGAGAAAUAUUAUUCGUUCACGGAAUUAGCGUGUCAAUUGAACGAGCCGGAAGAGGGUAUAGCUCCAACGGACUCUCGUUUAAGGCCAGAUCAGCGGCUAAUGGAGGAUGGACGAUGGGAUGAAGCUAAUGCGGAGAAAUUGCGUUUGGAAGAGAAACAAAGAGCUGUUAGACGGGCACGUGAACACGACGCAGAGAAAGCCGCUGCGCAAGGUUUCCCGUACGAGUCGUACGAGCCACUGUGGUUUAAGAAGAAGCAGGAUCCGUACACGGACAGUCGUUGUUAUGUAUAUAACGGCGAAUAUUGGGAUUGUAAAAGUAAAGGUGAUUGGUCGCGAUGUCCAAACAUAUUUUAGUUUAUUAUUAUAAAUAUAUUCUAUUACACAAUGUGACUCGUCACACGUACAUGCAGCGCGAGAAGUUUUGGAUUGUUUAAAAAAUGGACGAUAAACAGAUGUUAGAAAUUGCGAUCAUUAUUCAAAGAGAUCGAAACUUAAUACUUAUGAAAUAAUGUUGACGUGAUAGUGGGGUUGUUACGGGAUAUGGUUUAGCGAUUAAUUAAUUCUUCCAAUCAGAGGUGGGCAAAGUUGGCACUCAAACAUGUACAAUGUGCAGCUUGUACUCGUGUGUCAUCUUUCUUCGCUAUUCUUUGGCCCUCCCACAUCUCCCAUCCUUCUAUUUUCUUCGCGCUACAUAGUAUCUUUAAUAUUUUUACUUUCGAAAGAGAUAUAGAGAUAUCAUUGAUUGCCAAGAAUCUAAUCUAAUGUCCAGUCUACGCGCGCUUUCGUGUUGAUUUCUUUCCUUAACUUCGCGAAACUGACGAUAACUAAGACUACUUGAAAAUUCUGUCCAGUACAUCCUACAUAUAUACAUCAGUUUUACGUAUAAAAUUACUCCAGUGAAUACGUGAGAAAUCGAGCAAACCAUGGGUCGAAUAUCAGGUGCGAAUAUUUUAUUACUUCAGCCUAAAACUGAUAAAUAGCAAUAAGAUUUUGAUCGCGAAAAGAGAACGCAAAGGACUACUAUCACAAUAACUGAAAGUUGAUCACAGGCUCAAUAUAUGUUUCACUUUAUAAUAAUAAUAUUCAGUAUUCUCUUUCUGAAUUCACUUUUUUUUAGAUAAAUACAAAUUUAAUUAAGUAGAAACUAAUUCACAAACUUGCGUUAUUUGUAUGAAAUUUGUUUUGCUAGUGUGUAUACAUAUGUGUGUACAUAUAUAUGUAUGUAUAUAUAUAUAUAUAUAUAUAUAUUUAUUUAUACAUAUAUACAUAUAUGUGGGAAAAAUUUUCUAUAUUUUCAUUCGUCGCUGAAAAUAUUUACGUAGACGCAGAAAUGUGUAGUGAGGAAAAAAAUUGAGCUCUUAAAUCGCAUUAUAUAUAAUAUAAAUCAAAAUAUAGUCAUAUUUUUGUUACAUAAGUUACAAUUUUUGUUACAUAAGUUCUUCCCUAGCAUCACUUUCUCUUUUAGAAAUAAGAGAACAGACUUUUUUGUCAUAACAAUUGGAAAACCAAUUUAAUUGGGACGCGUAUUAAAGCGUACUUUUAACUUUGCUAUAAUUUUUCCCCUCAUUGCGCAUUCCAAUGGCGGAAACGAAUUCCGACAGUAUUGUGCAAAUUCAAGGAGGAAUAUAUCUGUAUAGAACUGUGCGUGUUCGUGCGAAGAUUUACUUUAUGAUUUGGGAUACACAUGCGAAACGCGACGACCACACUCGCCGACAUUUUACGUAACGUGAAUUCAGGACGACAAUGCUUCCAUGUUUGGCCAGUGCUCUCGCGAGGAAACCACGCCGUUUCACGUCCCGCAGCAGAUUUUCAGCCCGCUAGAUAGGUAUAUGACACUGCGAGCACUUGCCCGAGUCAUAACGCAGAACACUACCGAUGUUACUGUUGCCGAAAAAGAUCGAUGAAAGCAGGCGCUCGAGUACGAUUCGAAGGCUCCUAAAGUGCUGCUCCGCCCCCGAUCGUGAGAUAAUCAAAAUCGGGUGCCGGGAGCGUUCACGACCGUUUCCUUUUUAAAAACUACGCUAUAGUAUAUAGAGAUACGCUCACAAUUACACAUAGGCACGCGCGACCGAUUUAUAGCGAAUGCCUGAGUAUGUACGUAUGUUUGUAUGUCGUGUGAGUUACAUGCGCGCGGGCGUAUGUGCGUAUGUGUGUCAGUAUGUACAUAUAACGAUUAAUAAAUGAAAAAAUCUAUUGUA